AUGGCUGGGAUCAGUGAUAAGACUAUGGGAGACAAGACUGAAACUGAGACUAGCCAGACGAAUUGUUUGGGAUCAUCUUUGAAAGAAGUUGUUAAAAAUCCAAAGACUUCUACUCCAAACGACGGAAUCCAAGUUCGGCCUGAAAAUUACGGAUUGCAUUUUAUCACUCCAAUCAACAAACCUUCCGAAACUUCCACUUCUAUAAUCUUGAGAGAAGAGAAUUCAAACCGUACAUUCGUGGUCAAAAAAGCAAAUUCGCCACGAAAGAAAGAACACUUUAUGAAGUGUUGUAUGACUCGAGAAGAAUCUCCUCUGAGAGAAGUAAGUGUUUUAUCCGAUGGUUCACCAAUUCCCGACAAAUCGAGUAGCCGAUUACUAUCCUGCUCUUCCAACUCAAUUGACUGGAAAGAUGUCGAUUCUAGUGUCAGUAAUACAAGAAUAUCAAAGUUGGAAAUGGAAUUGAGAACAAUGACAGAGCAAUGUCGUGUUGAGAUACAAAAGAUCUCUGAUUUGGAGGGAAAAUUGGAAGAGAAUGAAAAGGUGCUGGAAACACGAUCAAAUUGGUUGGAAGCCGAAGUCGGUCGUCUUCAAACAACCCUCGUAGCAAAAGAAGUUGCACCGGAAAAAGCAAGACUCGUCGAACUGGAAAGGGAAUUAUCUAGUGAAACUGCGAAAUCGACAAUUCAUAUAUCGAAUUCAUCAUUUAGUGUGUUGCCCACUAUUACCGUUGUUGAUGUUGAAAAGUCAAAUAAGUCGUAUAAUUUUUAUUCUAUUAUCGCCGUUUUUGAUGAACAUGGAGGGCAAGAUGAUAAAUGGCUAGCGACAAUGGCUUCUGCGUUUCGGUAA